AUGUUUUCAGUUCUUCUGAAGCCGUUGACAGCAAUCUGUACAUUAUUGCCACUGGUCACUUCAAUAAGAGUAUCUACGAAGUAUGGAGAUAUCGAAGGUGUCGUCGCUUCAUAUCCAAGAGUCUCGGGGCUCCCUUUUCAGUCUGUCAGCAAAUUCCUAGGCAUUCCUUUUGCUGCUCCACCGGUUGGUGAGCUUCGACUCAAACCACCUGUACCUCCAGUUGUUUGGAGACCGCACAUCCUUCCAACGAAAAAGCAUGGAAACAUUUGCAUGCAAAGCAGACAGUAUGAUUAUUGGUACAAAACGUUCGCUGAAAACUACUCUUACAGCGAGGAUUGCUUGUACCUCGACGUCUACUCCCCAAAUGUAAGCUCGAGUUUACCAGUCAUGGUUUACAUUUACGGUGGAAGCUUCACCAACGGUGCGGCUAUCACAUACCCGAGCGACAUUUUGGCUCUGCACGGGGUGGUAGUUGUGGUGGUUCAGUAUCGUCUCGGUCCGUUUGGUUUCUUGACGACCGGCGAUUCUUCGGCUCCUGGGAAUUUUGCAAUGCUGGAUCAAGUCGAAGCACUGAAGUGGGUCCAGGACAACAUUGAGACUUUUGGCGGAAAUUCUACCAAAGUGACAAUAUUUGGAGAAAGCGCCGGCGCGGCGAGUGUGAGCCUUCAUUUACUUUCACCUCUUUCGAAGGGUCUCUUUCACCAAGCCAUUGUCGAAAGUGGGGUGGAUUUGAGUUCCUUCGCGACUCAGCCCGUUUCGUUUGGCCUUCACUUUGCCAAAGAACUUGCUCAAAAAUUAAAGUGCACUACAAACAGCUACAAAAAUAUGGUCUCUUGCAUCCGCUCGAAGAGUGCUGUGGAAAUGCAAAACGCUGCCGAAAUGUUAACGUUUAAGCUCACCGAUUAUCUUAUGUGGGCGCCGGUAGUAGACAACCAUUUCCUUCUCGCGGACCCACGAGAACUGCGUGAAAAAGGAGAGUUCAAGAAAGUCAAGUUAAUGAUCAGUUUCAUGAGUCACGAGGGUGCAUCGUAUCUUGGACCUGUCGCCAAAUGGUCUUUUGGACUACAGGAAAAUGUGGAAGACGGAGUCAGUCCAGCCUUUUUCAAGGAAUUCUUAAAGGCAUUCGCUCGUGUUAGCGUUACCGAGUGAGUCACUUAAUAUUAUCAGCAUUUUUUAAAAUUUGUGCUUCUGUUUGGUUUUGGCACUUAUUAGGUCAAAGGCUAGCGAAGGGCCUGAUGCAUCCUUGCCUAAGCUCAACUACAUGUCAAAUUUGACACGUUCUGUUUGUAUGUCAGAAGUUGAUGUUCUGUCUGGUAGAUCAACGGCCCUGUAUAUGUUAUGGAAGUCACACGGACCGUAUAUUAUAAGAGAUGCACUGCUCAAAAAGUAACACUGCUUUUCAGUGUUGUCAGCAGUGUGAUAUUAUUACUGCGUAUCCCUAGCAGGUCGCUAGUAUGUUCCAUAAUUAUGUAAUUUUGCGUGUCAUGGCACACGAAACGCUUUCAGUCACACAACCACAAUGCACGUCAGUCACGCUUGUCACGCUACGUGUCAUAUUCAUCCCUUAUAUCAAUUGUUCGUUUAUUGUCGCACGUUUAACGCUGUAUUUCGUCCGGUACAUCACAGCUGUCACAAUAUAUGACAAACUACAUGUCACUCCUCGUAUUACGAUACAUAUCAGUCGUUUCAAGGCACUACGUGUCACGCUCUCUCAGCUCAUAUCACGCUUAAUGAGACACGUAAUAUUCUGUAUCUCUUAGAUGUUUGAUCACUUUAUUACCUUUAGGAAGAAGAAUGCUGACCUCAUCGCAGACGCGCUGGAGUUCAUGUACACCCCGUGGCCUGAUAAUAGUGACAAAUACGCACUAAGAAGUCAACUUGUAGACUCAAUUGGUGAUAGUGCGUUCGUCGCACCGAGUCACGAAGUCGCCGAUAUUCACAGCCAGUAUGCCGAGGUCUUCAUGUACGAGUUUGCGCACCGCUCAAAGAGUGGCAGCCACUAUGCUGAAUGGAUGGGCGUGGCACAUGGGGAGAACCUUCCAUUUGACUUUGGUAUCCCGAUGCUGCCGAAUUUUCCUGAAUAUGAUGAAGCCGAUAUAAACAUCAGUUUGUUUGUCAUGGCACUGUAUGCAAACUUCGCCAAUUUCGGCAAUCCAACGCCGCAACCAGUCAGCGGUGUUAUGUGGGAUAAGUACAACUCAAGCCGCAGGGCCUAUCUCCGAGUGAACACCAAACCCAAGAUGGCAGCUUCGUUCGCUCCUCGUCGAAUGUCAUUUUGGAAUAAUUAUCAUCCCAAACUGAAAAAGACGAAUUUUGAUUUGAAGAGAGCCGUAGUCGGUGGAGUAAGCUCUAAUGUAGCUUUGGCAACAUAUCUCCAGCUUGGAGUUAUUAUCUGUGCAACAAUAGUCUGA